GUCACAGGCUUGUUGUGCUUUUGGUGGCAACGUAGCGAUGGAGACGAGAAUUUUGACAUCACUGGCUAUUGCGGUCUUGGCCCUGGGUCGCGCCCAAACGCAUCAACCGGUGUAUGAAUACCAGCCUGUUUAUGGAGCCUACCACCAGCCUUCUUAUUAUCCUGAAAUCUCGUACCACCCAGAACCUGCGUAUUACCCCGAACCUGUCUACCAUCACCCUCAACCAUCCUACCAUCCGCAACCGUCCUACCAUCCCCAGCCCAAGUACCAUGAGCCCGCAGCAGACCCUGGUUGUGCAGGCAACACCACGAAGCCCUGGUGCCUGGAGGACCUAGAGUAUCCGAUGUACGAGAUCAGGCAAGCGGCAGAGUACCACUACGAGAAGGUCCUCUCUCUCUACGCAGAUGUGGCCGACCUCAACACCGAGUUUUUGGUCGAGCGGCAGAGCACCCCGGAGGAGGAGACCUACCUCUGCCCCUCGGAAACCGCCUACGUCAGGCCCCUUCGCGCCAAGAAUACAGAAGGCAAAUGGCGGGUUUUAGUCAACAACAUCGACGUCCAUUACGAUACCCUGACCCAGACGACCCGGAUCGAAGAGUGCUUGACCUCCAGAGAAGCCUGCCCUCUGGUGCCCGAGUGCUACGACUCCAAGUGCCUGCAGAAGUCCAUCUACCACCGCUUCCUCGUCUACGACCCCUACGACCAGUACUUCCCCUUCGCCGUCGAGACCUUCAGGUUACCGGCUGCCUGUGCCUGUCUGUUAGGAGCGUAUACUAUCGAUCACUAAAACAAGUCAAAUUUUGAUUUAUCACAUAAAUAUUGACCUCAGGAGAUUAGUUUAGAGAUCACUUUAAGAUUCUUAGUCUUAUAGACACACUUGAAAGUUGAAGAAAACCGCUGGAAGUUAUCUUUUCGAUACAUUCCAGAACGAUUUCUAAAGAUGGGAUCAGUACCGAUGUACGUGAAGAAAGCAGUUCUCUAGUCAUUUUACUGUGAUCGUA